AACAUCAAAAUUUUAUUUCCGUCCUCCAAAAUUUGAAUUGCGGCUAAUUUACAGAAUUACCCUCAUUUCUAGGAUGUUUCGGUAUAAAAUAUUUAUUUAUUACUGUGUACCACUUCCUAACAUUAAAAUUGAGCUUUUUCAUUAGUUCUUUUCGUACUUGAAACAUUUAGUACAAAAAAAUCGAUAUUUGACGAAUUGAAAGGGUUGCGUUCUACGCAAUCAUUACCCCUCUCGUUGAUAAGAGGGUAUUUUCUGUGUGCUCGCUUUCCAUUUAUGAAUAUGGGGUGAAAAUUUCAACAUAGUGGUGUAAAUUAUUACCGAAUAUUCAAAACUAGACGUAGAUUGAGCGGAUGAAUGUGAUGGUGAAUAAUUCCGUAGUAAAUGCGAGCAACUGCGAAUAUUCUCAGGCAUUUCCGCUUUCCAAAGAAUGAAUUUUCCAUCGUUUGGGGGUCAUUUCUCUUCCGGUAUCCCAAAUCUUCAUCAAUUCGCAGCCAAAUUCUCUCAGGACAAUAUAUCUUCCAAUAAUGUUGCUUCCAAUGAAGAAUCAAAUAAUGCUAGGUAUGCUUCCAAUGGGUUAUCAUCUUUUUCCCAUAAUCAUGUUCAAUUACAACAACCUUUACUUACCAAUAAGUACCAAAAUAAUUAUAUAAAUCAAGAAUCCGGUAAUUAUGGACCUACAGUUCCAAAAAAUGAUAAAAGAGGAAGUUUUGAUCAAGACUUGACCCAGGAGAUUUGUGGAGCUGUUCUACAUCAUGAAGAGAAAACUUCAGUUCAAAAGAUCAAACAAGAGAGAAGGCUGGAUGGUCAGUCACAAAUUACACAGAGUAAUCCGGAUGAUCACCCACCUACUAUUUCAACUACUUGGCAAACUCUUACUUCGGCUGGUUCUACUGUGGCAGAUUACUUGUCACACUUGCCAGCAUCAACUCUGCCUCUGAGUUUGCAUCAUUUUCUAAAAUAUUCUGCAGAAAGCAUAAAAAAGGAAACAGCCUCUGAACAAAUGGUUCACAAUCAUAAUUCUAAUAUGAACAUUCUUCAAAACAACUCACUCAAUAUCAGUCAUUUGAAUGGUUCAAUGAAUAACGCCAUAUUCAAUAAUCAGGUCAAUAAUUUGGCUACCAAUACAGGCAAUUCAUUGAAUGGUUUAUCCUCGGCUAAUAUAUCCAACUUUCAAAAUCUAUCUCCGGUGAAGAAAAAAAAGAAGAAGAAAGUUGAAAAGGAGAAGAAGCCUAGACCGAAGCCAGGUGAAAUAAGACUGACAACAGCAUUAGAUGGUUCGACUCUUUAUUGUUGUCCAGAAUGCCAUAUGGCAUAUCCAGAGAAAGAAUUACUGGAGCAACAUCUUCUGGGUCAUACACUAGAACGUAGAUUUGUCUGCGAUAUUUGUGGUGCUGGUUUAAAAAGAAAAGAUCACCUGACUCGUCACAAACAAAGUCACAAUCCUGAAAGACCUUAUGUUUGCACAGUCUGUCUUAAAGCUUUCAAACGGAAGGAGCAGUUGACACUUCAUUUCGUAAUACAUUCUGGAGAAAAAAGACACAUUUGUCCGGAGUGUGGGAAAGGAUUCUAUCGCAAAGAUCACUUACGCAAGCAUACGAGGUCGCAUAUCGCUAGAAGAGUUAAAGCAGAACUAUCCCAGCAGGGUGGAGGUGUUUCUCAAAAUUCUUCAAUGAGUUCGUAAAGUAGGGAGAAAUUUCAAAAUUUCAAGUUCUAAAUUUUUCGGAAAAUGUUUGGCUGUGAUUUUAGUAAUAAAAAAAAUUUGGGCUAAAUUUAAAAUUGUUCCUAAUGGGUGGAGAUGUGUCGAAAUGGUUGGAAAACACUUCUUGGGCCUUGUUUGGUGUUUACUGAGAAAGUCAUUGAUAUACUACCUCAGAGAAAUCAUUUAUUUGUACCAAGUACAACUUUUCAGUUAUUUAUUUGUUGAUUUAUGUACAUGUUGAAUUUUAUUUGAUGUAUUCUCGAAAUUGAUAUUAUUUAUAUUCCAGUUUUUGGGACCCAUUAUGUUUUUUUCUGAAUAUGCUUAAUGUGUUAUGAAAUUAAUUUAUUUUUAAUUCACAAAAAAUUUAUAUUUGAUCAAUAAAAUACUGCAAUAUUGAUGAAUUUUCAGUAAUUUUGUAGUUUGUUUAAAGUAAAAUCUUGCUUAAGUAUUCAACCAAUUGAAUGAAUUCCCUUUUCAAAUAUUGCAGUAUUGAAGUCAAAAAAUAAGAGCAUUGAGGCAAUACUCUUCAAAUUUAGUAAUAUUCCGAGUUGUGAUGAAAAUUCCUAUUAUAUAUACAUAUACUGAGAUUUCAAAAUUUAUAGAUUUAUGCAAACAGGAAAAUAUUUUUACAUAUAAUGACCCAAGUUUGUAAUAAUUAUUGUGAGUGUUAUAUUUUUAUUUAAACGAUGUUUUUUUAAUCUCACCGUUUGUAUAUUCCAUUAUUCUUCAGUUAGAUUGUUAAAAUCUGAUACAAGAAGUGUCAUACGUGUUCUUGAUACAUUUAAAAUUGGGUCAAACAAUAUGAGUAAGUACAAAACAUGUAACCUAAUAAGUAUACAAAUGUAGAAGACAGAUUUCGAAUUUUUUAUACUGCAAAUUGGUCACACAGUAUGUUUUAGAAUAGGAUUCAAAUGCUUGACUCGAAAAAAAUGUUUUCAUUCAAGCCGACUAUUCUGAAAUGUACUCAGACUUGCUUCUUAGCCAGUGCUUCCCAUGUAACCCUUGAAAAAUAAAAUUUAUUGUAGUAAA